AUGACCUUUCUACUCCCGAGACCUGUCUUGCAGAUCCAACUUCUGUCUCAAAUAGGCUUUGCUAACUCCGAAUUCUGCGUAGACGGACAGCCAUAUGCAGUCAAGAAAAUCAAAGCUCGGUCAAAAUCCGCUUUAGACCCUGUGCUCAGCGAAGUGACAGUCCUGUCCCGCCUCAACCAUCCGAACGUGGUCAGGUACUUUGCGGCAUGGAUAGAUGAUGGUAUUGCGGUGGACGAUCAUAUUAGUUCAGAAUCGUCAGGGAAUGAGACCCUGUCUUCGCUCACUAAUGGGGGAAAUAGACCCGUCUUACCGUCAAGUUCGAGGGGUCUCGACUUCAUAAGCUCGAGCAACGCGCACGUUGUCUUCGGCAAUGAAAUUGACGCAGAUACAAUCGCGGAGGAAUCCAGCCAAGAUGAAGGCAGUGAUGACGAGGACGCAGACCAGAGCUCUGGCAGUAGCCCCGGACCAAUUGAGCCCGAUAGUGACGGGAGUCGGUAA